AUGACGGGCGGUCGGUUCGACUUUGACGACGGAGGCACCUACUGCGGAGGCUGGGAGGAUGGGAAAGCCCACGGCCAUGGUGUGUGCACCGGACCCAAGGGCCAAGGAGAGUACUCGGGCUCCUGGUCCAACGGUUUCGAGGUGGUGGGCGUCUACACCUGGCCCAGCGGGAACUUGUUCCAGGGCUACUGGACGCAGGGGAAGAGACACGGGCUCGGUGUAGAAACCAAAGGGAGGUGGAUUUACCGGGGAGAGUGGGCUCACGGGUUCAAGGGUCGGUACGGGGUCCGACAGAGUCAGAACACACCGGCCAGGUAUGAAGGCACCUGGAGUAACGGACUGCAGGACGGAUACGGUGUAGAGACGUACGGUGAUGGAGGUACGUACCAGGGUCAGUGGACUGGUGGAAUGCGUCAUGGCUACGGUGUACGUCAGAGUGUCCCAUACGGUAUGGCCUCAGUCAUCCGCUCACCCCUCAGAACCUCGCUGGCUUCCCUCCGCAGUGAGCAGAGUAAUGGCACAAUACUACGUGACAGUCUGUCCGACAGCCCUGCUGGCACACGUGGCGGCUUUGUACUCAACUUCCACUCAGACGGAGAAGGUUCCGAGAAGAAGAAGGGCCUCUUCCGCCGUGGCUCUCUCUUUGGUAGUCUACAGAGGCUGCGCAAAUCAGACUCUCGCUCAUCAAUCUCCAGUAAGCGCAGCUCAGCACACAGUGACACCACCAUGAGCCGUAUCAGUUCAAGUGAUGCCAAUUCUACCAUCAGCUUCGGAGACGGAGACCCAGGUGACGACUACCUGCCUCUUGAAGAUAACGUAGACGCCACCACCACAGAGUCCUACAUGGGCGAGUGGAAGAAUGACAAACGCAGUGGCUUCGGUGUUUCAGAGCGCUCCAACGGCAUGAAGUAUGAAGGCGAGUGGUUGAACAAUAAGCGCCAUGGCUAUGGCUGCACCAUCUUUCCGGAUGGCACUAAGGAGGAAGGGAAGUACAAGAACAACGUGCUCGCCCGUGGUAUCAAGAAGCAUCUGAUCCCGCUGAGGAACACCAAGACAAAACAGAAGGUGGAUCGAGCCAUUGAGGGAGCGGUGAGAGCAGCAGCCAUUGCCAAAACCAAAGUGGAGAUAGCCAUAUCCAGGACAUCUCACGCUCGGGCCAAAGCAGAGGCUGCAGACCAGGCUGCACAUUCAGCCAGUCAGGACUCAGAUAUUGCCAGAGCCGUGGCCAGAGAGCUCUCCCCUAGCUUCCAUCAGCCAGGUCCUGACUACAUCCGUCAGAAGUAUAAUGAGCCAGUAGAGGUGAAGGAGAUUCCUGACGACGAGAAAAAGGAGAAAUCUCCAUCAAGAAGCCCACAUUUCUACCGGAAAGGCACAACGCCAAACCAGUCUCCAUCUGAGAGUCCAAAUCCCAGCCCCUCUCCUUCACCCACUGCUGUACAAAAGGCCUUCUUCGGCAGUAAAACUGCUGCCAGUGAUGCUCCCCUAAAGCCUGCUGGGAAAGAAAACUUAAAUCCAACAGCUGAGUCUAUAACUACAGGCAUAACAAAGGCAGCAUCAAAACUUUCUCUCAGACAGGAAGUAAAGCAACAUGAACCACCUCAAGCAGUCAAACCAGCUGUUACCACAACAAUCAGCAGUUACCCCAGCAACGGUCAGAUCCACUCUCAGUACCAUGGUUACUAUGUCAAGGCAGAUGUCAAGAGUCCGCCACCUGAAGAACCGAGCGGUGCAGAGUACGACUUUCACCCAUCAAGCCUUGCACGUUUGCCGCCACCUGCCAAACCGAUUCUGGCACCAGCACAAAAAGCCUUGCCACCGCCUAGCCCUUCACCAGUUCCUCCAAAAGAGAGUACCAAAGCACCAGAACCCUCCAAGCCCAAAAGACAGGAGUCACACAAAACAAAGAGCCUUGCAGAAACCAAGAAAGCUAGUUUGGAUAUUCCCUCUGAAAUUGUAGAAGAGGAGUCGGGUCCUAACUCUAUCUUGGUGGCUCUUGUGAUGUUGUUGAAUGUUGGUCUAGCAAUCAUUUUUGUCCAUUUCCUCACUUGACCAAAUCUUAACUCAGUGGACUCUUCCAAACUAGUCGCCCCAGCCGCUAACUCUCCAUCAGCCUAAGGGGCCUUUAAAAAAAAUGGCGCCAGUCAGAACGGCAGACAUGGGCAAAACGGAGGACUGAAAAUAGAUGAGUGAAGAAGGAGGAAGAGGAGAAGAAGUGGAGGAGAAAACAUAUGGCGAAGAGAG